AUGUCAUCCUGAAGAUGCCUUCGAAUCAAUUUAUGGCAUAUGUACAUAACGAUAGUGAAACUUUCAAGGUAUCCUGGAUCCGUAAAAAGGACGAACCUCCAACAAUAUUGACAGUUGGAGUAGGAACGUACAUAGCCGACGAUCGAUUCUUCGUUGAACAUGCAAGACAUUUGCAGAAUUGGGGAUUGGUUAUUAAACACGUCCGACCGGAAGAUGCUGGAGUGUAUGAAUGUCAAAUAUCUACACAUCCCACUACGAGCAUAUUUUUGGAACUGACAGUAACAGAGGCAGUAGGCGUCAAUCAUAGGAGCUCCAGAUCUACAUAUCAAAGCAGGUUCUCUUCUUCGUUUAAAAUGUAUCUUAAUACACGCUACGGAAGCACCAGCCUAUGUUUUCUGGUACCACGACCAAAGAAUGAUUAACCACGAUCCAGGUGUGAUGGUAUCUGCUGAUAAGUCUUCCAGUCUUCUUCAAUUAGAUGAAGCAGACACGAGUAAUAGUGGAAACUAUACGUGUUACCCUUCAAAUGCCAUACCUGCCUAUGUGAAUGUUCAUGUAUUAAACGCAACGGAAGAGGAAAACCCGGCUGCCAUGUUACACGCCAACAGCAGUGAUGUCUCAACAGCACUCGUCUUGAGCAUUCUUUUAGCUUUAUUCGCAAACGUUUUAAUGACUUUAGAUAGCUGAAAUUUUUAAAUUAGGUAUACCCUCUUGUACUCCGUGAGCCAACGCAGUUGAUACUCUCUUAAGAUGUUGUUGGCUUGUAUUAAAAGCCUGUUAUUACA